AUGCUUAGAGAGAGUUACGCAUUCAGCACGCUCUGCCGUCCCCCCCCUUCCCCCGUCCCGUCGCGCGCGCAUUGCGCUCCCGCAGCGGCGCGCACUAAGCACCGUCCAGCAGAGCGCGCGCCUGCCCUUCCUUACGGCGUGCCCUGCCCUUCCUCAAUCCGCCCCUUCCCUCACCCUCCUCCUCCUUCCCUCUUUCCUUCGUGCUUCCCCCACUACCUCACCUCUUCCUCCUAUUUUCUCUCCCCAUCUGCUACGCCUCGCAGCUCCUUCGGCACAGCAGCGGACUUCUCUGCCACUAUCCCUCCUCCUUUGGUUUCUCCCCUCAUCGGCGCAGCAGCAGACUACUCCGCCACUUUCCCUCCUCCUCUGGUUUCUCCCCUCAUGGGCGCAGCAGCAGACUACUCCGCCACUUUCCCUCCUCUGGUUUCUCCCUUCAUCGGCUUAGCAGUAGACUACUUCGCCAUCUUCCCUCCUCCUCUCGUUUUCUCCUCGCAUCGACUCAGCAGCAGACUACUUUCCCUCCUCUUCUUGUUUCUCCCCUCGGCAGCUCAGCAGCAGACUACCCCGCCCUUAUUCCUCCACCUCUUAUACCUCUCCCCACAUCUACUCUGCAGUUGUUUCCUCCUCCUCAUGGUGACCUCUCUCGCCCUCCCCUCCCUCCCUCUGCUGUUCCUUCAGCUUGCGCCUGAUGGCAGUGCAGUCAACUUCCCCAGUUGGCUGAACUGUCUUGAGCGCAUGCUGUUUGGCACCCUAGUGAGUGGCUUUAACCUCUGGUUUCGGCUUGUGGCCACGACGCAAGCCACCGCCACGGGUGCUCCUGACAAUGCUGCUGCCCGUGACUUAGCUCGUAUUCUUGCUGAGUCCCUUGAGAGCACCCGCAAGCACCUCACUGCGCACCUCGCUGCCCCUAAUCCUCGUUGUGCCUCUACGCCCCUUUCCUCUGCUCCAUCUCACUCUGACCUUCUUGCUGACUUGCAUGUUGCCAACGCAUGUGCCUGUCAGGUCAUACCUGCCUGCCUCCCUCCAACUCUUCUCGCUCAGUGCUCACAUAUCCGCUCUGCCAAGGACCUUCUCGGCUAUCUCACCGAGCGCUAUCAGUCACAGACUCCCAUCGGCGUCAUUGCCCUCUUACGCGAGCUCACCUCUCUUCGUCUUGCUGACUUCACCACCAUGGCAGACUACAUCGCUCGUGUGCAGACGCUGUCCUCCUAA